AUGCUGCUAUUGAAACCUAUUAUACCGGACGUCAAAACAUGGCGCGAGGCUCUUUUCGCCGGUCACUUUGGCCCUAUCGGUGUCGGUGCCAUUUUCGCUGCAAUAUUGGCGCGAGCAGAAUUGGAAAAUGACAACACCCAGCCAUCGCCGGAAGGCAGUCUACCCUCACCUGGUGAUGAAAACUACUACAUUAUUCAGCUGAUCUGGCCUAUUACCACCUUCAUGGUUAUCUCGUCCAUAUUGGUGCAUGGAUCUUCUAUCGCUGUGUUCACCCUUGGCAAGCGCAUCAAUACCUUAACUGUCACCCUGUCCUACACUCAAGCCAACGAGGAUGGUCCUUCCUGGAUGAACCGUCUCCCCCGUGUCCAGUCUAUUGCCAAGGGUUCCAUGUCUUUCCGAAAGGCUGAUGAGCUGGAGGGCUCGUCCGAGGAGAAGCUGCCAGAGUACCCUCCCGGUACCCUGCCACCAAUUGGCAUGCCGGGUAACUUCCUUCGCCGUGUGCGUGACGAAGACAGUGAAUCCCAAGGUGUCGAAAACGAGCGUCAAAAGCCUGUGCGCAGGAGAAAGCGCCGCAAGCACGACGGUGCUGGUGGUCCAAUCAGCCAGUCUGCUAUCAUGCCUGCAAGGCGCACUGAGAGUGAAAUCGAGGCUGAAGAUGAGCAAAAGGAAUCGGAGGAACGCGAUGCCGUCGAGCGCGGUGCGUCGCCACCCAACGCUGAACGCGACCGCUCCGGCCGCGAGCCUGAAUUGGAAGUCUUCCAAGAGGGUCACCACAUGAUCAUCGAGGACGAAGAAGGCAAUGUUCUCAAGACCGAAGACACUAGCCACUUGACUCCAGAGGAACAGGCGCGGCAUAUCGAGGAACAGCGCAGGCGUCUGGAAGAAGACAAGAGCGGGAAACUGGCGCGUUCCCACAGCCAGCCUCACCAGAAGAACGAAGGCGAGGAGAUCAUGCAGGCUCUCGAUGCUAGAGCCGGCCAUCCCCUCGAAAAAACUCGCACAAAGUGGAGCAGCUGGAUGGGUCGUGGUGGAAAGGACCAGGGCAAGGAAAAACCCGCGGAGAAGCCAAAGGAAGAAAAGCCUAAGGCCGACUAUGCCAAGCCUAAGCACCGUUCUGCUCAUGCUUACCAGUUUGGUAACACUAUCAUCGUUGAGGACGAGGACGGUGAGGUGCUGAAGAAGUACACUAUUCCGGGCGACAAGCAUACUAAGUCUAAGCCCGCUCAACCCGAGACGGAAGCCGGACCAUCCCGACCCCAGCUCAAACGUGGUAUCUCUCGCAUGGGUACCUGGUUCGGCAAGGAAGAAGAUGGCAAGACCUCCCAUGCUGAACAAAAGAAGCCUGCACCAAGGUCCAAUACCGAGGACUGGGCUACGGAUGACGGCUUGCGAUUUACUCUGGCUCAGAACCAGGAAGUCGAUUCUAUAGGCAUCGGCCACAAGGGCCGUCGUAUGAACAAACAAGAGUUCUUCCAGCAGCUCAGAGGCCUCGACUCCAAAGCCCGCCGUGACGCAGUGCGGCAGAGCGAUGCCCCUGAUUCCGUGAAGGAGGCUGUUAUCGACGAUGCCAAGCAUGAGGAGAAGCAAGAGCGCCGCCUCUCUGCCGCAGCCGCCGCGGCCACCAGCGGUGUCAUUCCCGAGGAGGCAGCCGAAGAACUUGAGUCAGAGUCGAUGACUGAAAGCGAAGUCAGCGACGCUGAGACCGACGACGGCCGUGGCCCUGGCCCCAACGUCGCCACCUCGCUGGCCAAGUUCACCCGCGGUAGCUCUGCACAAGAGCGCCGCAGCAAUCUCAGCCCUGCACCUCGCACCCGAGACCGUGCCCACCGUGACUCGGAUGACGACGGCACUGAGCGUGUUCCUCCCUCUCGUCUCCGCAAGGCCGCCGGCCUCGCUGCUCCCCCACGCCAAAGAGACGAUGAAAUGGGCGAAACACCCGCCGAACGUCGCCGCCGCCUCGCAGCCCUCGGUCAAAUCCACAGCGACGAUUCCGCAUCAGAUAGCGACGAUGCAAUUCUCUCGGACAGUGACGAUGACGGCGAACCCCGUCAAGUUCCUAGCAAGAUAUCUUUCGCCGAAAGCCUCAAACCUGAACAAUCCAACCAAAGCGGCGAUCAAUCAUCCCCAUCUGGCUCUGGCUCUGCAAUGCCAUACACCGCUUCUCAUGCGCGCCACUGUUCGAGUGCAUGA